GGCUGUGAGAAGAACUGACGCUCUACUUCCCCCUGUUUUUACUCUGUCGUCGCUAAACGUUUACUUAUUGUUAAAUUAAAAAGAAAAGUAUCCCGAUCUAACUGAAACAUCCGCGAGACUACUUUCAGCGACAAGAAAAUAAAGUUGGAGGCUGGGCCUUUAGCUUUUUUCGGACGGUCGCUUGAAAAGAGGGAGAAAAAGAAAAGCUGGUCUUUUUGUUUUAAAUGAAAGCUCGAUAAAUGCAUCUAAUGAAGAUGGACCUGUUGAACUAUCAGUACUUGGACAAGAUGAACAACAACAUCGGUAUUCUCUGCUACGAAGGUGAAGCUGCAUUGAGAGGGGAUCCUAGAUUCCAGUCCCUGUCACUUUCAUCUUCCUCCUCCUCGUCAUCGUCCUCCUCUUCUUCCAUCUCAAGCCACAGAACGGGUCCUCCUCCCAUCAGCCCCACCAAAAGGAAGCUGAGUGGAGACCAGGUAGACAGCGACAUGGACGACAAUGAGCAUGUGGCAAAGAUGAGUCGACUGUUUGCUGCACAACUGAAACCCAAUGGAGACUAUCGCAACUCAUCUGUUACCAAGGACCGUAGCCGAAGCCCCAGUGAGCGCAUGGUGGUUCCCACUGCUUUGGGAGUUCAAGGCAACCCCCUGUAUGGCCUCCCUCACCAUCACCUGGCUGCCUUAGCCAGCAUGGACCAGCCCCUGGCACUCACCAAAAACAGCAUGGUGGACACGGCGCGUGGCAGUGCAGCAUCUUUGGUCACAAUGCCACAUACAGUCAGCCCAAUGGAACGACAGCAGAAUCGCCCGUCAGUGAUCACAUGUGCAGCAGCCAACAAUCGUAACUGCAACCUGUCUCAGUGUCCGGUGUCCCACAGUGGCUGCUCCAACCUCACCAAUAACUACAGAAGAAUCAACACCAACACAGCCUGUGACCCUGUGAUUGAAGAGCAUUUCCGUCGCAGCCUUGGAAAAAACUACAAGGAGCCUGAGCCCACCGCCACCAACUCUGUGUCCAUCACCGGCUCGGUGGACGACCACUUUGCCAAGGCGUUGGGCGAAACCUGGAACCAGAUCAAAAACAAGGGGAGUCCCUCGUCGUCCAGCAGCAGCCCAAACUCUUCUCCAAAUAGUCACAUGGUCAAUCACAACCACUCCCCUUCCAUUGUCUCUUGAAGGCAGAGGGAUUUUUUUUUCCUGGCUCAUCCAAUCAUCCCAGGCUUCGACAUCCAUGCCCCUGCCACUUUGGUCUGUCACCAGCAUCCCAGAGGGAAUGCCUGCCUGCUGGUCUGCUAAAAACAGCCAAAACCUUCAAGCCUGCUCUCUCACUGUGCACUCAGAGGAUCAAUCAAGCAAUAAAGAGAUGGCCACAUCCCUUCUGUCCUCUGGUACUGCUAAAACAAUAAUCAGUACCAAAUGAGGAGGAUUUAAAACUAAAUCUGGACUGAAGCAUCAGCUCGCUCCUUCCAAUCCUUCAUCAACCCUGCGUCUGUAGCUUGAAGCUGAACAAGUGUCUGUAGUUAUAUGUACAUACCCGAGGAGAGGAAAGGCAGUGUUUUGAUUCUUAAUGUUCUUUCUUGUUUCGUUUGUUUUUGUUAACAGUAGUUUUGUGUACCGAUUCUUUAACGUCAUGCCUGGCUUUUAAACGAAAAGAUAAGUGAGAAACACGUCUUGGAAAACAAUCACAACCCACCUGACUGUGAAAGAAACCUCAGACACUGAUGUUAAUCAAUGUUCACCUCCAAAGCACCCCAUCAUUCUCUCAACCUUUGACCAGGAGAAAAUAAUGUUGAUCAGGGUAACUAAAAACAGCUCCCUAUGCCAUCUGUGACGUCAGCAAGUACCCGGAUUUCGGGCAAACAGAACUUUUAAGUACAAUACAAUACAGUGCUGUAGUCAUGGUUUGCAGAUUAAAAAAAA